AUGGCGGCCAGUGGCAAAGAUGCCCCGACCGUGUACAGAAAUCGGGAGGGCCGCCGGAUUGAUAGAGAAGAAUGGGUAGAGCUACAGCAAAAAAAGAAAAAGAAGAGGGCGGCCGAUUACCCCGAGCAGGAGCUGGAAUGGGGUGGCGGACUGAAACAGCGGGACAACAGUGAGGCUGCGAAGGAGGAAUUCAAACGCAUCGCUGCGCAGCCCUUCGCUCGAUAUGAGCCAGAUGAGAAGUACAUGAAGGAACUGAAAGCAAAGCAGGAUUGGAAUGAUCCGAUGCGAAAGUUCGAGGAAGAUCAGGUGACUGCCCCGGGGCUCCAAAAGACGAAGGCCGUGGAAAGGCCGAAGUGCCCACAUCCGCCGUGGCAGAAUCGAUACGAGAUCAAACCUGGGUACAGAUGGGAUGGAAAAGUUCGUGGCAAUGGCUUUGAACAAGACUACUUCCACACUAAGAACCAGAGGGAGUUCGAGAGAGCAGAGGCAUGGCGGCGCGAGACGGCUCAUGAUCAGAACUGA